CCGUGAAGAGGGGUAUUCUCUUGGCUUUGCAAUGGCUCUUCGGAUUAGCUUGUUGACUGAUCUGUCUGUGAGGAUUUAGCAGGGAGCACCUGAAUUAAACAACGAUGCCGGAACACAGCAGCGUAUCUGGGACUGUUGACACUGAAACUAAAUUACAAACACGCCAACGAUGAUUAAAACAACAGAAUUUGACGUGUUUAAACAAUCCCCCCGAAGCCGACUGUGAGACACUGACAGGAAGCCAGCAGCUCUUCUUUUUCUUCAGUCCAGCAGGUUCAAGGAGGUGUCAUCAUGAGGCUUCUGAGGUUUCUGAGGACCAGCGUGUCCAUUGGGAAGGACAUUGACUUUUAUUCCAGGUUUUCUCCUUCUCCGCUUUCAAUGAAGCAGUUUCUGGAUUUUGGCUCAGAAAACGCGUGUGAGAAAACCUCCUUCGCCUUCCUCAGGCAGGAGCUGCCUGUGAGGCUGGCCAACAUCAUGAAGGAGAUCAACUUGUUGCCAGACAACCUGCUGAGGACUCCAUCGGUGCGACUGGUCCAGAGCUGGUACAUGCAAAGCUUUCAGGAUAUUCUUGAGUUUAAAGAUAAAAAGGCGGAUGAUGAGAAAGUCACGUAUGAUUUCACAGACGCCGUUAUAAACAUUAGAAAUCGCCACAAUGAUGUGAUCCCCACCAUGGCUCAGGGGCUUGUGGAGUACAGGGAGACCUACGGCACUGACCCGGUGGUCAGCCAGAAUGUUCAGUAUUUUCUGGAUCGUUUCUACAUGAGCAGGAUAUCCAUCAGGAUGCUGCUCAACCAGCACACUCUGCUGUUUGGUGGGAAGGUCAAGGUGAAUCCUGCACACCCAAACCAGAUUGGCAGCAUUGACCCACACUGUCGUGUCAGUGAGGUUAUCAAAGAUGCUUUUGAAAAUGCAAGAAACCUUUGUGACCGGUACUACAUGAACUCUCCUGAGCUGGUACUGGAGGAAUUUAAUGGCAAAGAUGAGGGGAAACCCAUUACUGUGGUUUAUGUUCCAUCUCAUCUCUAUCACAUGGUGUUUGAACUUUUUAAGAACGCCAUGCGGGCCACCAUGGAGUUAUAUGGAGAUGCGAUGGAGUAUCCUGCCAUUCAUGCACAGGUUGCUCUGGGAUCUGAGGACCUCACUGUCAAGGUGAGUGACCGCGGAGGUGGUGUGCCUCUCCGGAAGAUCGAGCGAUUGUUCACCUACACGUACUCCACCGCUCCACGGCCCAGUGUCGACGGCUCCCGAGCAGCUCCUCUGGCUGGUUAUGGGUACGGCCUGCCCAUCUCUCGACUUUACGCUCGCUACUUCCAGGGCGACCUGAAGCUCUACUCUCUGGAGGCAUAUGGGACGGAUGCAGUGAUCUACAUACGGGCGCUGUCCACAGAGUCAAUCGAGAGGCUCCCCGUGUACAACAAGUCGACCUGGAAGCACUACAAGACCAUCCAUGAGGCCGACGACUGGUGCGUCCCCAGCAAGGAGCCGAAGGACAUGACGACGUAUCGCAGUUUCUGAACCCGAGAAGUGAAAAGCUCCUCGUUGAUGACUGUGUUCAAAGAAGACAAAAAAGUAUAAUGGGAGGAAGGUUUUGUGCCAUAUGUUUUAAUAGUUUUGUACGAGAGGCACCAAAUGAAGUAUUAGAAAGCCGGUUUAAAACACCCGGAGUUAAACACAACCGGUUCUGAGCUCUCACUCCGUUCAGUUAAAUAAUGCAUUGGCGUCACAAACGGUGUUUUGUCCUGACCCGGUUAAAUAUAGCUGCUGCAUCGAGAACAAGAACAUAAUUUUACUCCUGCUGUUCAGUAGUAGAAGAAUCUCUUAGCUUUAAAAUAGCAUCAAUAGUUGAGUUUAUUCAGUUUGCAGCUUUUAUCCUGCUUAUCCAAAUGUGAGAAGACUUAAGAGAAAGAAAAGUUGGAGUAAAUUAGCUGCUUUUUCGGUGGUGGAAGGUUUUUAAGAUAGUUAAAAUCUUCAUGUAAAAAGCAAAGCUGCACCUAUCUUCUUUGUUACUACUGGAAUCUGUUGCACCUGAUUUUCAGCACCUUGACAUGAGAUCUUCCAGCUUCUGCUCAUCUAAUAUGAUGCAGUAUGGAGUCCUGUGUUUGCAUUAGCUUUAGUUGUUGCUGACAUGUUGCACCUAUCUGUAAGAUUUAGUGGAUUAUUUUGUAUUAAAAGGUCUAUGCAAGUAGAGUAGAUGGAGGCGGAUGAUGAUGAAAACAAUGGGUUUUGGCCCGUGUUGAACUGAGCAGCACCGCUCCACGUAGGCGGACUGUUGAGGGCAUUAAAGCGUCUCUGUAAGUUUCCCAGAAUACGAUUUAUGAUGCUCUGUUGGGGUAAAAGACUUGAAUUGUUUCAAAUAAGCACAAACCAACUAAACAACUUAUUUCACCUUAAAACAAGAUUGUUGGGGCUAUAAUACUAACUCUGUUAAACUGGUAUCUUUGGGAUUCUUCAAAGUGUCGAUUAAAAGCUACAAGCAUAACAUAAAAAGUA